GGGGAGGGGGAGCUCAUUCCUCCUCCUUCUCUGCCUCAAAGCCUUUUGCUUUCCAAGCUCAAAUGCUAGCUGAAAUCUGACGCCUGGACCGCAUAUACUGUGAGACGUGGGCAUGCCCUUGCAGUGCACUGAUUUCCUCUGCAGUUUGGAAAGCCAGAGCCGUGCUGAGGCUCCCAGCAAGGAGCUGCUUCAUCAGGCAGCGAAUGCCACAUUGCUGUGCUGCCUGCGCAGGGGGCUCCAGCAUGGUCCUGAGGGUCCUGCUCCUCCUUGGUGGGCUGCUCAGGGCUGCCGAGCCUGCACCCCGCUGUGAAACCGGACAGGAGACCCUAGAUGGGACUAUGAGAGGAGGCAGCACUCUCAUCCUCUGAGCCCAGGGAAGCCUCUGCUCAAAAAUCAGAAGAGGUGUAUGCUCUUUCAAGUACAGAACAAGCAGCGACUGAAGCCUGCCAAGUUAAUCUGGAGAUGUCAAUGCCAAACUGUACAGAAAGCAAAAUGUGUGGACAUCGCCUUAAGUUCUUGUACUGAUGUUGCCUAUACUCAAACGAUGUAUCCUAAUUUUCUGGAUCAGAAGUCUCGAGAAGUGAUUGAGUACAGCUCUGAGUACAUCCUCAUCAGUGUGCUGCACAACUUACUCCAGGGAGAAUGCAAUCCAGACCUGAGGCUCCUGGGCUGCUCAGUGCUGGCUCCGCAGUGUGAAAAGGACAAAGUUAUAAAGCCCUGCAGACAUGUCUGUGAAAACCUGAAAAAAAGUUGCCUUCCUGCUUUUGAUGCAAUAGACAUGGCUUGGCCCUACUUCUUAGACUGUGACCGCUUUUUUGCUGGGGAAGAAGAGGGAUGUUUUGACCCACUGGCAAAGCUGAGAGGAGAAGUAGAUGUUGAGGAAGAUCUGCCAUCAGACUUGCCAGCAACUUUUAUUCAGUUCAAACACCACUCAUAUUCCCAAAUGGUCAGGACAUUGAAGAAGACUGCUUCUAAAUGCUCCCACAUUGCAACAACUUACAGCAUAGGUCGCAGUUUUGAAGGGAAGGAUCUUUUUGUGAUUGAGUUUUCAACUAAGCCAGGACACCAUGAACUGCUGAAGCCAGAAUUUAAGUACAUUGGCAAUAUGCAUGGAAAUGAAGUUGUGGGGAAAGAACUGCUAGUAUACCUCGCACAGUAUCUGUGUUCAGAAUAUCUUCUUGGGAACCCUCGCAUCCAGACCUUGAUUAAUAAUACCAGAAUUCAUCUUCUACCUUCGCUCAACCCUGAUGGGUAUGAACUGGCUGCAGAAGAGGGAGCUGGUUACAAUGGAUGGAUCAUUGGACGUCAGACAGCUCAAAACUUGGACCUGAAUAGAAAUUUCCCUGAUUUGACAUCUGAGGCUUACAGAAGAGCUGGGAUCCGUGGGGCCCGCCUUGACCACAUUCCCAUUCCACAAUCCUAUUGGUGGGGUAAGGUGGCCCCUGAGACAAAAGCAGUCAUGAAGUGGUUGAGGUCUAUCCCGUUCGUGCUCUCUGCCAGCCUCCAUGGGGGUGAGCUGGUUGUGACCUAUCCUUAUGACUAUUCAAGGCAUCCUAUGGAGGAAAAAAUGUUCUCCCCUACACCUGAUGAGAAGAUGUUUAAAAUGCUGGCUAAAGCCUAUGCAGAUGCACAUCCAGUUAUCUCUGACCGAUCUGAACUCCGUUGUGGUGGAAAUUUUGUAAGACGUGGAGGUAUUAUAAAUGGUGCUGAGUGGUACAGCUUCACUGGAGGUAUGGCAGAUUUUAAUUACCUUCACACAAAUUGCUUUGAAGUCACUGUGGAGGUAGGAUGCGAAAAGUUUCCUUUGGAGGAAGAGCUGUUUACAAUUUGGCAUGAAAACAGAGAUGCCCUUCUGAAUUACAUGGAAAUGGUUCAUCGGGGGAUAAAAGGAAUUGUGUCUGAUAAGUUUGGCAACCCAAUAAAAAAUGCUCGUAUUUCAGUCAGGGGCAUCCAGCAUGAUGUCACCACAGCUGUUGAUGGAGACUACUGGCGACUCCUGCCUCCAGGGACAUACGUGAUCAGUGCCCAAGCAGCAGGGUACAGCCGGGUGAUGAAGAGGGUCACUAUUCCUGCCAAGAUGAAACAGGCUGGGCGAGUUGACUUUGUAUUGCGACCUGUUGAGGGUUGGCCCAACAAGCUCCUCCGCCGGUCGAUGGAAGACAUGUACGACCCAUAUGACCCACUGGAACUUUUUGACCCUCAUGCCCAACGUGGGGAGCAUGAGGCGCGAGGUGGGUCACUGUCAGGCAGGGAGAAGCCCUGGUGGUGGUCUUACUUCAGCUCUCUAGGCCUGCACAAACCUCUGUGGCUGCUCAGGCAGCGCUGAACGGCAUCGUGGUGCUCUGCUCAUCUUAGUUUGCUGCCCUUCCACUCAACUAAAGAUGACCUCACUGCUCUUGGCAGUAUUUAAAUUUGUUUCAUUUGAAAAUAAAAUGUUAAUUCAAGCACACUUAUCUCUUUUGUUUUCAGUUCAUACACAACUGCGUAUGUUCAUCUGUUUUUAUAUAUUAAAAGCAAUGGUGCACACCCAUUCAAAAUCCAGGUUUUAUAGAGUUUUUUUCUUAGUAGUGCUCUACUCCUGCACAUGUAUUUAACCAACACGUUCAUUACUUAUUAGGUUUUAAGUACUUACAAGAAAAUAUUUCUGAUCCUUUAAUGC